AUGACGGUACGUUGCCGGUGGUGCGGUGUGCGCGAAUUCGUGUUCCGCGAUGAUCCGGUGAGGCAAUUCGUCGAUUUCAUUACGAGAACGACAAAAUGUUUCAAGCAGAUUAUCUGCUUUGCGCACAACGCCAAGGCGUUUGACGCGCAGUUCAUCCUUCGUUACAUCACGGAAAAACGUGUCGAUUUGGAUCCACGAGUAAUAUUAAACGGGACGAAGAUUGUCGUAUUAACGGCCGGGCGUACGAAAUUUAUUGAGAGUAUCAACUAUAUGCCAAUGCGUUUGUCAGCUCUGCCGAAGGCUUUCGGUUUGCGGGGUGGGGUGGAAAAGGGAUAUUUUCCACAUUUAUUUAACACACUCGUGAAUCAGUCGUACGUCGGUCCGUUACCAGCCGUUGAAUAUUANUCGCCGGAUAGUAUGUCUAGCGAAGAACGCGAACGUUUUUUGUCGUGGCACGCGGAACAGAUGCGCGAAAACGCNGUUUUUGACUUUCAACGCGAGAUAGUUCGUUAUUGUCGUAACGACGUUGAUAUCUUGCGGCAAGCGUGCAUGGCUUUCCGCAAAAUAUUUCUCGAGCGCGGAAACGUAUGUCCGUUCAAAGAAUGCACGACCAUCGCUUCCACAUGUAUGCGCAUUUUCCGCAAAAACUUUUUACAUGAGGAAGAGAUCGGCGUCAUUCCUCGCGGCGGAUAUCGCCUCGCGGAUACGCAAUCCCGCAAAGCUCUGCAGUGGCUGGUGUGGAAGGAGCGCAAGCUCGGCCGCAUCAUUGUUCACGCGGGUCAUGGGCGAGAACAUCGUCUCGCGGAAGUCGGAGGCAUUCCCGUCGACGGGUAUUACGAGACGGCGAACGUGAGCGAGAUAUGGCAAUACGAGACGAGCCGAUACGACGCUGAUACGCGUCAAGGGGGAUUAUUUGCCGAAUACAUAAACUGUUUUCUGAAAUUGAAGCAAGAGGCGAGCGGAUGGCCAAGCGAAUGCGUGGACGACCAAUCUAAAGAACACUAUCUUCGAGAAUACAAAGCAGUCGAGGGUAUCGCUCUAGAUAGAGCAAACAUUGCGCAAAAUCCGGGUUUACACUCAGUCGCAAAGCUGUGCCUCAAUUCGUUUUGA